GUUGAUCUCAAAACAAGAAUCUUGCAGUGACAACAACAGAAUAAAACAACAAUCCAAAAAUCUUACAUAUGAGUCCAUGCGUUGCUCAUACAUGUCAACGAGAAGCGCCACCCUUUGCCUCUCAACGAGCAAAUAAACAAAUAAAACCCAAUCUUUCCUUCCAUAUUUGCGUUCUCUUUCUCUUUCUCUUUCUUACAUCAUCGGCCCGUUAUAUAUAUUCUUCAAUGGAUCUCGCCCUUCAUGACAAUUUAUUUUCCACCUUUUUUUUUUCUCUUAUUUUCAUGUUCACCAGAUUUUUCAUGCAAAUAGAGAUAAACCCACAAAUACAAUUCAAUGGGGUUGAUGUUAAUCGCAAUCGGCUUUUGUUUUCUUAUAAGUUCAAGUUCUGUUCUUGGUGAUAUAUUAACAACUCUUCAAGGACCCUUUAAGCCGGUAACAAUCCCUCUUGACAAAAGCUGUCGGGGGAAUGCUGUGGAUUUGCCUGAUACAGACCCUAGAGUACAAAGAAAGGCUCUAGGUUUUGAGCCCGAGCAAAUUUCUGUUUCUCUCUCUGCAACCCAUGAUUCUGUUUGGAUAUCUUGGAUCACAGGUUUGAAACCUAACACGCAAUACUAUUAUCAAUGUGGGGAUCCUUCAACAGCAGCGGUGAGCAAUAUUUUUCACUUUAGGACUAUGCCAGCUUCAGGUCCCAAGAGCUACCCCAGCAGAAUAGCAAUAGUGGGAGACUUAGGCCUCACAUACAAUACAACUUCAACAGUUGAGCAUAUGGUUAGCAACCAUCCUGAUCUUAUUUUAUUGGUUGGAGAUGUUACUUAUGCUAACUUGUAUCUCACCAACGGAACUGGGGCUGAUUGCUAUUCCUGUUCAUUUUCACAAACUCCGAUUCAUGAGACCUAUCAGCCUCGAUGGGACUACUGGGGAAGAUACAUGCAGCCUGUAAUAUCUAAAGUUCCAAUUAUGGUGGUAGAAGGGAACCAUGAAAUAGAACAACAGGCUGAAAAUCAAACAUUUGUUGCUUAUGGUUCUCGAUUUGCAUUCCCAUCUAAAGAGAGUGGAUCGCCCUCCACAUUCUACUAUUCAUUUAAUGCAGGGGGAAUACAUUUCAUAAUGCUGGGUGCCUAUAUUUCCUACAACAAAUCAGCGGAUCAAUACAAGUGGUUGGAGAGAGAUUUAGCCAAUGUUGACAGAGAAGUGACUCCAUGGUUGGUGGCCACAUGGCACCCUCCAUGGUACAGCACCUACAAAUCACAUUACAGAGAAGCAGAGUGUAUGAGAGUAUCAAUGGAGGAAUUGCUGUAUAAGUAUGGCGUUGACCUGAUUUUCAAUGGACAUGUACAUGCCUAUGAGAGGUCUAACCGGGUCUAUAACUACACUUUGGAUCCUUGCGGGCCCGUUUAUAUCACAGUUGGUGAUGGUGGAAAUAGAGAGAAGAUGGCAAUCACACAUACUGAUGAACCUGGUAACUGUCCUGAUCCAUCCACCACAGCAGAUGAAUACAUGGGUGGCUUCUGUGCUUUCAAUUUUACAUCAGGCCCAGCAGCAGGAAAAUUCUGUUGGGACCGGCAACCUGAUUAUAGUGCAUACAGAGAAAGUAGCUUCGGUCAUGGGAUUUUGGAGGUCAAGAAUGAGACUCAUGCUCUAUGGACUUGGCACCGAAAUCAGGACUUAUACAGUACUGCUGGAGACCAGAUUUACAUAGUAAGAGAGCCUGAGAGGUGCCCUGUUGAACCAAAGAAUAAUGUUCUGUUCUUAACACACAAGGGGUUAUGAUUUUCUUGGGCGCAAGUUUUCACAUCAAACCUAUGAAAGUAACUCUUUUAAAACUCUUCUUGUCCUGCCUUCAGUAGAAGGUCUUUCCAUGAAUUCUGAUGUCAGAUCGAGGAGCACAAAAAGAACAAUGAAGAUUGAGAAGAUUGGACUGUACAUUUCGGUUCUCGAACGAUAAGUUUGAUAUAUUAUAAAGAUGAAUCAAAGCCAUACAUU